AUGAGUUCAGGAGGGCUCCAAUGGAACCGAGAGAGAAUCCAACUCAUCCUGCCAUUCUAUGAGGAUCGUAUCCUCAGCAUAAAACAGAGUGUAACCGGGGCUCCGGAUAGAUUGGUGUGGCUGGGAAAAAAAACAGGGGAGUAUUCUGUGAAGUCUCGUUACUAUACUGCCGUCGAGGACGAUGCUUUCGGCGCUGAGGCGUUCAUGGAUCCAAAUUUUAAUUGGACAAGAGAGGUGUGGAACUUGGACUGUGCCCCAAAAGUCAAACUCUUCGCUUGGAAAGUGUUAAAGGGUGCCUUACCGGUUGGAGAAAGGCUGGUAGAGAGGCAUGUUCCUGUUGACCCACAGUGUAAGCGAUGUGGAUGUACUGAAUCUAUCACUCACCUUUUAUUUCACUGUCCUUUCGCCCGUAAAGUCUGGAGAUUAGCUCCUCUUGUCAACGAAGUCGAAUGUAGUGGAAUGAUAGAUUUAGUGGCUUCCUGGAAAGACAUGUGUGCAAACAGGUGUCUGCCUCCGUCAGGAAUAACAACAGGCCCUCUGUUCCUUUGGAUCAUUUGGAAUUUGUGGAAAUCCCGAAACCGGUUUGUGUUUGAAGGUUUCUACUCCUCCCCGGAAGAUGUCUUGACGGCUGCGAUUGUUGUGGCAAGGGAAUGGAGUACAGAGCAGAAGCAAGAGAAAGUUUCGACCAAAGGAAAAAUAAGACUGGAUCAACAAAGACCCUAUAACACGAUAGUGGUGAAGACUGAUGCGGCUUGGGACGCCCUUCGACAAGCAGCAGGCCUGGGAUGGGUUCUGCAGUCCAACUCUCAAAACAAGACCUACAAGGAGCGUGUGGAGUUUGUGUCAUCACCUCUGAUGGCGGAAGCGCUAGCCUUGCGAAUUGCAGUCCUUACCUGCCGAAGAUUGAAGAUGAAGAGGGUGUGUUUUGAGUCGGAUUCUGCUCAACUGAUCAAGAUUGUUAACUCGGGCUCGGGUGCGCUGGAUCUUCAUGGCGUUGCUUCUGAUAUUAUAUCUUGUAUCCCUGCUUUUGAUUCUGUUUGCUUUGUGUGGAUCCCUCGUGAGAGGAACACCGAUGCAGAUUUGCUAGCUAAAAGUGCUUUGAAUGCACCAGGACAGUUUGUAGUUGAUGGUGUUGUUAAUGCACUCAGCUAA